GCGCACCCAAAUGAGAUCGCCCGCGCAGGCAGUGGGAACGCACGCGCGAGUAGCAGCUGAGAACGCGCGCCCACAGAAGUAAAAUCGCACGCCCGACCACGGCCUCUGAUACAGCUUUAUAACGCGAGCGAGCGGCUCUUCGGUUUGCUUCUGAACGACCACCUCCGCAUCCGCUGCCCGUCCGCUCAUCCGCCUACUCACCCGCCCGCUUGCCCGCUCAUACACGCGCCCGCCUGCACACUUACUACUUUUGCCUCUCAUCUGCUACGCUCUGCAACGUGUCACGCUAUCUCUGCUGCUCUGCUAUCCACUGUUGUACUAUCAAAUCCCAUCAGCAAAUCGACAUCGACAUGGCCGGCUUCAAUCAAUCGCCCUCGCGGACGUCCAGCCCCAGCACCACCCGGCACGGCAGCCCCGGCAUGACCGGGCGCGCAAGCCCUAGCAUGACCGGACGCGCGAGCCCCAGCACCAACCGGCGCGGCAGCCCCGCAUUAGACGCCAACCACCAACCAUAUGGACGCCCUCUAUCAGGGUACUCCAUGCACUCUGGGCAGCCCAAAAUCGGCCUCGAGUCUUUGAGAGACUCCCCGCCAGGCCAAAAACCGCUCUACCAGUACUCGACGCUUAUCUACCACGCUAUCAAGGGCUCGAACAGCCAAAGGUUAACACUCGAGGAGAUAUAUAGGGCCAUCGAAACCCGAUAUUCGUACUUCCAGACCGCACCGCCAGAGUGGAAGACCUCCGUCCUCCAUCACCUCUCCAUGAACCCCGUCUUCGAGAAGGUCUCGUGGGCGGGCGAUAAACGGGAAUUUUGGACAGUCAACGAGGAGGCGACGAACCGGCCCGUCGCCGUCAGACUCGCCGCGGCUGAUGAUGAUGCUUACGCCAGCAUGGUGCAAGACCAACUGGCCAGCAUCGCUGAUCUUGCCGCAGCAGGCGUGCCGCGUGUGCCCGUGCUCUCCGUGUACGACACAAUCGCCACUUGA